AUGUCCCACAAACCUCUCAACCUCCAGACACACCACCUUCUCUUUCCCUCUUCUCCUUCCUAUCUUUCAUUUAUCUUCUUUCUCGCUUGUGCACCCCACCCUCCCACUCCCCAAGUCCCCCCCUCCCUCUCCCAAAUCCCUAGACCCCCCAGCACCCACCUGAGACCCUCACCCACAGCCUCUUGGGUCAAGACGAAAGGGGGCUGGCCCCUUCUGGUCCACCCAUUCAAACCCAUAGAGUCGGCCAACACAACUCCAACUACAACACCUACAACUCACCAACACCACAAGACCCAGUGA